UGUUUCUGGUCAUGAAAAUAGCCGUGUCGUGUCGUUAAAAUAUAAACAAACAAUAAUCUGCUGGCUGUUUAUUAAUCAAACCGAUCGGGAUCUGAUUGGCUGAGAGGCGUUUACAGUAGCCGAAGCUGUACACGUACACUGUAACACGUGACAGAGCGAAUGUGACUCUUGUCCUUUAACUCUACGUCAUCAUCAUCAUCAUCAUCAGUGGUGUGAGGGGAUGAAGAACAGCGCCGCUCCGCGGUCACUGCAGGAACACGAGCGCUGUGUGUCUGUCGCCGGUGUCUUUUGAUCUGAUCCUGAUGAUAUUCCCGCGCUACAGUGAAUCACAGAGCAUCAAAGGAGCCGAGCAUCAGCGCAGAUCCACGCGCCAUCGGUGAUUCAGAACCUGCGUUUCUGAAGGGGAUCGUGACCUUGAGUGACGACAGCGACACACACACACACACACACACACACACACGCUUGUGACAUCUCUGUCUUCUGAACAAUCAUCAUCUCUUCGUUAAACGGCGUUUGGCGGCGGGUCGAACCGGAUGAUUCCGAUGCUUCUGCUUGACCGGUGCGGAUCGUGUCUGAUUAUUCGGAUCGGUACCGAUUCCUUGUGAUGAUUCGGAUCGGCUCCGGUUCUUCGGUGUGAUCGGUUCUGCUGGCUCUGGUCGUGAUGCAUUUUGCGGAUUUCGUCGCCGGUUCUGUCGGAGGUGCUUUUGGAGUGGCGGUGGGGUAUCCGCUGGACACAGUGAAGGUAAACCAUCCUCAUCCUCAUCUUCAUCAGCUGCAGGUACUGUAUCAGGUGUGUAACAGUGAUGGAUGCUGCAGGUGAGGAUGCAGACUCAGACACGUGACUCGGGGGUUUGGGAGUGUGUGAGAAGAACCUGCAGGACUGAAGGAUGGUUUCUACCGUGGGAUGUCCAUGCCGCUGAGCACCGUCUCCAUCAGCUCCUCGCUGGUGUUCGGCACCUACAGGAACGUCCUGCACCUGCUUGAGGAGCUGCGGCACAGAAGCACAGCCGAGGCGCACCGGAAAGCUGAUUUAUUUUUGUCAGGGUUUGCUGGAGGCGUCGCUCAGGUGCUGGUGAUGUCUCCCGCAGACAUCGUGAAAGUGCGUCUUCAGUGUCAGAGCGAGCUGCAGGACUCCAGGCUCAGGUACCGCGGCCCGGUCCACUGUCUGCUGAGCAUCGCGAGGGACGAGGGUCUCCCGGGGCUCUACAAGGGCUCUGCUGCUUUAGCACUGCGUGAUGGACCCUCCUUCGCCACUUACUUCCUCACGUACCACAGCAUCUGUGAUGCCCUGCGCUCUACAGACAGCAGCCGGCCAGGCUGGACGGUGGUUCUUCUGGCCGGCGGUGUGUCGGGGAUGUGUGGCUGGGCCGUGGGGACACCGAUGGAUGUGAUCAAGGCACGUCUGCAGGUGUCCGGCGUGAGCGGCCGGUUCUACAGAGGCUUCUUCCACUGUCUCUCACACAGCGUGAGGAGUGAAGGCAUCGCUGUUCUCUUCAGAGGCCUGACGGUCAACUGCAUCCGGGCCUUUCCGGUCAACAUGUCCGUCUUCGCCAUGUAUGAACUGGUUGUUCGUUUUCUGCGCUCGCCGUCAUAGAUCUUCUCUGCAC